AUGAUAAUCGUGGACCCUACACCUAUCAAACUAGACAAUAGCGGCACUGGUCCCUUACGAGUCCCUGGUUUUAAUGGUAUUCCUGUGCACUAUGAGCAUUCAAAAGAUAAUCGGUUUGCUCAUGGAAUCGCCGAUUGGAGACAAACUCCCCAAGUAUUUCUACGAGAGCUUUGCAUGCUUCAAUUCAUGUCGUACGUUACAGAGCAGCCAGGAUGGGAGAACAAGUGCGAGGAUCCGCAGACAUUGGAAGAAUGGCACCAGCACGCGGAUUUAGUCUUCGAUCUCGAUGAACCCUUAUGGCAGUGGUGUGUACGAGAAUUGCGAGACAAGGCGUCUGAUUUCAAGCGCACUGGCUAUGUUACUGUGUUUGAUACAGACUCACGGGUCAUCAAGUCCCAAGUUUCUGGCGAUCUUCUCAAACAGCUUCGCGAAUCCACGUCGCCACUUUUUUCGAAAUCGAAAUUGAGAUCUGCCUUACCUUCUGCCUUAGCGGACCCCCCUGCAGUUGAUCCUGAGAGUCCAGUUCGACAUGUGGUUGACCCUUCUAUGUACCCUCUUGUUUAUGGACGCACUCUAGUUCUUACCGACGGUGGAAAGGUUGAUAUGGAGAGACCUGAGUCCUAG